AUGGCCCUCAGACCACACCUGCACCUCCUCGUGCCCUCCUCCACGGCCUCCGUGGCGAUCGAAACGCGCAUCUACCUGCCCCCAGCGCUCGUGGCCACCGUGGGCGCGUUCGCGCCGGUCUCGACCUCGACCAGCUCGCGGCCGAGCCCGAUCGCCGAACUGCCCGGCGGCGCGCGCAAGGCGCUCAGCGACAUUACGCGGGUCGUGACGGCCGCGCAUCCGUGGGCCAAGCUCGGCGGGAACAUGCUCUUCCCGGUGGUCGCCGAGCACGUGCCCUCCGCCGUGUUGGGCAGCGCCGUCGGCGACACGGCGCUCGUGGCCACGUUCAACGUGCGCGGUGUUGGCGCCUCGGGCGGGUCAGGCGCGUGGCUCGGCUUUGGGAUCGGGCACGACGCAGACGACUUUGCUGCUGUCGAGGCUGCCGUCGCGGGGCUGGUCGGCCGGCCAAAGCUGUACCGGCUUGGAUACUCGUACGGCACGUUACUGGCGCUGAACGCGCCGCGCCCAGAAGCGGGGGUGAAGCGCACGAUGCUCCUCUCGCCCGCGCCAACGCUCUUCAAGGCCCUCACGCUCCUCUCUGGCCCUUCAUUCGCGCAGGGCCUCGAAGCCGCACUGGGAGACACGACACCGCGCAGCCUCUGGCUGGUGUAUGGCACAGCAGACGACUUUACCGGCGCCGAGACGCUGCGCCAGCUCGGCGGGGACGAGAAGGAGCGUAUCGUGCGUACCGAGAUCGAAGGGUGCGGGCACUUUUACGCGCGGGCGCAGGACGCGCGCCAGCUCAUCGCCGCCGUGGAUAGCUGGAUCAGCGACGACGCGGCGAGCAGGCUGUAACUUUGCAUUCUGCAUCGAUGUUGUAC